ACAACGAGAAUUCGUACUGAAACAUAUGCUUUGUUUUUGUUUUGGUCCGGUGUUUCCGUUAUCAAAGAUAACAUUUGUUUUCCCAUUGAAUUUACUAUAAAUUAAAGCAAUGCAUCGCACAACAAAGCAGAAAAAAACGAACAUAAAUCUCCGCUGCUUAAAGCCGGAUUAUGAAAAAUUACGUUUUAACGAUGGAGGCUUGGAUACCGUCACAUCUUCGGAGCAAAUCGAGGUGGAAGAAUCGGUUGAAAAAUGCAUUCAAGCUUUUAAGAACGUUGUUGAAAUGAAUCCUAAAGGCCCAUUUCUCGAAAGAGAUGCUCAUUUACGUUUUCUCAAACAAGGAUUGACUGUACCGAGUGGCAUGGAAGUUCUUGAUGCCAGUCGACCCUGGUUAUGUUAUUGGAUUUUACAUUCCAUUGAACUUCUGGGUGAACCCAUCCCAUCUGAUAUUAAAUCUCAUAUUAUAGAGUUUCUCAGAGCAUGUCAGCAUCCAAAUGGUGGUUUUGGAGGUGGACCCGGUCAAGAUGCACAUUUGGCACCCACAUACGCCGCUGUUAAUGCACUCUGCAUUUUAGGAGAAACAAGAGCUUUUGAAGUAAUUGAUCGCGACAAGUUAGUCAACUUUUUAUUUCGAAUGAAACAGCCAGAUGGAUCUUUCAUAAUGCACGAAGGCUCCGAAAGUGACAUUAGAGGCGUGUAUUGCGCAUUAUCAGUCGCAAUGCUCACGAGUGUUUGGUGCAGCAAAUUGGUAAAAAAGACUGCUCAAUGGGUAUCAAGAUGCCAGACUUAUGAAGGAGGGUUUGGGGGUAUCCCUGGUAUGGAAGCUCAUGGGGGGUACACUUUCUGCGGUCUUGCGUCUUUGAUGCUGUUGCAAGAAGGGAAUUUAGUUAAUAUUCAUAGCUUGUUGAGGUGGCUUGUGUUUAAACAAAUGAGCUACGAAGGAGGGUUCCAAGGACGAACCAAUAAACUUGUGGAUAGCUGCUAUUCUUUCUGGCAAGGAGGUACUUUCCCGAUAAUUCACCGACUAUUGAACAGAACUGUUCCGGAUAAUCUGAGUAGAGAGUUUUGGAUGUUCGAUCAAAGGGCUCUACAAGAGUAUUUGCUGAUAUGUUGCCAAGCACCACAUGGUGGUAUGAUUGAUAAACCAGAAAGAUCCAGGGACUUUUAUCAUACCUGUUAUUCCUUAAGUGGACUUUCGAUUUCUCAACAUUUUUACAAUUCUAAUAAUAUGAAGGAUUGGAUUGUUGGUCAUAAAAAUAAUGAGUUAGUACAAACGCAUCCAAUUUACAAUAUAUGUGUCCCAAGUGCUGUUUCAGCUAUUAAAUAUUUUGGAAACUUGCCAAAGCCAAAAAGUUUAGAAGAUAUCAUUACAAAUGAUAUCCUUGACGAUGAUGAUUCUGGAAAUACCGAUUCCUAAAAGAUGAACUUGAUUGACUCCGAUUUACAAGUUCAAAAAUUGAUUAUAUAUUUUUUAAUCAUAUUUCGAGAAAGCAGCAUUAUAAAUUUCUAAACCAAUUUCAAACUUUGAUGGAAUUUUUUUUUUUUUUUUUACAUCAUUGUGAUAGUUAAUCUGUAGUAUACGUUAAAUAUCUUCAUUGUGAUAUUCCUUGUGUCAUUAAUUUUAGUCUUAUAGCGUUUCUAUGAAAAACUUGUUUUGAUUUUUUGUAGAAACAUGAUUGGCAUUAAACAAAUGUUUAAUUAAAGAAGUAGUUUUCUAACUAUUCAACUUUUAUUCAUGCUGACAAAUAAAUUAAAUUAGAGUAAUAUUCUGGUUUUCAAAUGAGAUUAAUGUUUAAAAUUUAUUUUUAGAAAUCUAAUAUUCCAUGCACAUCAAGAUUCUUAUUUUAUUGUUCUGCUGUUUUUAUGCUUAUUUAUUUUUUAUGUACUUUACAGUUUUUAUAAAAAUAAAAUUUAAAAAAUAGUAAUUUUAUCCAUAGUGUUACUGGAAAACAAUUCAAAAUGUGUUAUGAUUUUUAUAUAAUUAUUAUCUUCCAACUAUAGCAAAUUUUUAAAGCUCAUUUUAAUAUAAUAAAAUAAUAACUUAAACUGACUUAUCAUAAUGAUAAUAUUGUGAGAUUUUUAUCAUCGGACUCUUAAAAAUUGCUGAAUUGUAAUUCAUAAUUUGCUAAUGUAGUUUGAAAGUUUGUAGUGAAAAAAAAAUAUUUAUAUACUCGUUCAUUAACAAUUAUAAUUUAUGAAAUAGGUAUUUAAUAAGUGUUCAUAAUUUAUUGUAAAAUGUUAGUUAUAGUUAUAUAUUAAAAUAUGCUAGAAGGCUGGUUGUGCUUGCCUAUUACCCUUAAUUCAUUUCAGCUUUGUUGAAAUCACUUUGAGAUUACAGCUUUCUUGCUUGUUUAUUUGUUAUCAGAACUAUUUACAAGAAAAUGUUAGCAAGAUUCAUUAUAUUAGCCUGUUUGAUGUGACAAUCUUUUUUUCAUUUGAAAAUUCAAAAAGACAACAUCAUGAUAAAACAUUCGAAACUGCUUUAAUAUUUCAGGUCAUGGUAUAGCCAAUUCUCGACUUAGCACCAUUAACUGAGCAUUAAAUCCGUGCCUGUACUGACAGCUGCCGGUGUGGUUUCUUGUAUUCAUUUUUAAAAUAAAGAACUUGCAACCAUA